AUGUCUAAUUCCGUCGUCAGCACUAAUUACGAUUAUCUAAACUAUAAUGAUUUGAUAAUCUUAAGUAAAUACCUUUACCAGUUAACUCUUUCUAUUGAAGAAUUAACUAAACCAGCUGUGAAAAAAAGUGGUAAUUCUGAUAAACCGCCACGACCACAAAACAGUUGGAUAAUUUUUCGACGAGAUUAUGAAGCGUAUUUACGUUUACGCAGUCAACAAGUCAAACUAAAAAUCAAAGAAACAGCAAAGGAAUGCAGUUUAAAGUGGCGAAAGCUAUCAAGCGAGGUUAAGUGUUUCUUUAAAGUAUUAGAGAAGAUAGCUUUUGAGAAUCACAAAAGCUUAUAUCCUAAUUAUAAGUAUAAGCCUAAAAAUGAGAAAGUUGCAAACAUUAAGAAAUGGAUUUUUCGCGAACAAAAGGGAUACGCAUUUGUUUCGCUACCCACAUCUAACUCGUCCUCUUUCAAUGAUACAACAUCAACGAUUGAAUAUAAUCCUACUGUUAUCACCGCUUCAACAACUAUUGAUGAUACUCAUCCUUUUAUGAUCCAUAAUAAUAUUGACGUUACUGCUACUGAUGAUAUUUAUGAAUCUCUUUUCGACGAAUCGUUUAAUAUCAAUAAUCAUAAUAAUGUCUCAAUUAACAAUUCUUCACCAUACCAAUUCAUCACUAAUAAUCCAAUAACACCAUCGAUGUCUUCACCCUUGUCAGAAUCGCAGUCACUUUCACAACUAUUUAUCCCAGAAUAUGAUUUAUUAAAUUUCAGUUUUGAAAAUUUGUUAUAUGGUAUAUAA